GCCUUCAUCACCACACCAUGAUGCUAUACCGCUGGGGAUCGCUGAGCUGCCGCCACUUCGCCAAGUCUACCAAAGGACGCCCAGUGACUGGUGGCGAAGGCAUUCGAAAGCGACUGAGAGACUACGUCGAAGUUGCCAAAGCGAUACGUAUCCUGCAAGCCCCGCAUUCGGACUACACCGUCGUGCCGAUGCGAUUCCAGGUGCCGACCGAAGCGCCGUGGCCAGAAUCCAUCCAAGGCAAACUGUUCCACACGUCAGAGGUCCGACGUCAUUACAAGGCUGGGACACUUGAGCCCGACGUCGUGGACGCCCUGAACAACCUCGGGUUUGUGUGGGACGUGAACGAGCACAAGUGGGAGCUCAAGGUGGCGGCGCUGCGACGAUAUAAAGAGCUCCACGAUGGGUCCAUGGCCGUGCCGUUCUCGUUUGUCGUGCCCGACCAAGACCCGAACUGGCCGAAAGACACAUGGAACUUUCCGCUCGGUCAAUUUGUCAACCAUACGCUGCAGGAGAUGAGCAAUUCCAAGCGCAAGCGACAGCUGCUCGAGUCGAACCCGACGCCGCGCCAGCAGCAAUUGAACGCACUGGGCUUCGACUGGACGCAGUCGUUCGAACCCCGCAAUUAAUCUAGAUGAAUGUGAAGCCCUUGAUUGGAUCCAUGGGCUAUAUAAACCCCACGUGCCAGCAGCAUCAUGCACCACACAAUGACAUUCUUCAUCA